AGUGGUCAGGGGGGAGUUGCAGCUGGAGCGAAGCCUCCUCAGCUGGGCGGUCUGGGGCCCGUCUCGCCGCCGGCCCAUCGCCUCCCGGAGCCGCAGAGCGGAGCCAGCCCCGGGCAGACAUGGAUUUCCGGGAGAUCCUGAUGGUGGCGUCUGAGCAGCAGGGGCUGAGCGCGGUGUCGAAAAGAUACAGUUUGGCAGUAGGCCCUCCCAAAAAAGAUCCAAAAGUCAAGGGUGUCCAUUCUGCAGCAGUGCAAGCUUUUCUGAGACGGAAAGAAGAAGAAAGUAGGGGAAAAGAACUAGAGGCAAAAAGGAAGAAGGAGGAACUUCUAGCUAAGCGUAUUGAACUGAAACAUGACCGAAAAGCAAGAGCUAUGGCUUCACGGACAAAGGACAACUUUUAUGGCUAUAAUGGCAUUCCUAUUGAAGAGAAGCCUAAAAAGAGGCAGACUUGUGAAAAUGUCGAUCGAUGCACAGAUGCAGAAUAUAUGACAGAAGAUGAGGCAGAGCAAUUUGAAUACAGUCAGACUGAAUCUGAGCAUGAACCGGAGGAAUAUGAAGAGAAACCAUCCAAAGCUGCAGUGAAACCAAAGGCGCCUCCCAAAAGUGCCCCUACCCCUAUGAACUUUGUAGAUCUUCUGAGGCUGGCUGAAAAAAAACAGUAUGAACCAGUAGAAAUAAAAGUAGUGAAAAAGACAGAAGAAAGGCCAAGAACAGCAGAAGAAUUGAGAGAGAGAGAAUUUUUGGACCGGAAAAACAAAAAAGGGGAAAUCCAGAAAGAGAAAAAAAAACCUGAAAAAGAGAUUAGGAAUGUAACUGCAUCAAGUUCUUCAAAUAAAGUGUUUUCUCAUAAAGACUUUAUAAAUGCAAAACUUAGCAAAAACUCAGUGGAUAAACAUUUCUCUUCAAAAGGUAGUUUCCCCUCUCAGUGUGGUGCUGAUAAGAAAUCCAGUGGGCCUGUGUUUAGCGACAAACAUGCAAGGUCAUCAUCUUCCUCCAAAUCCAGUCAAGUGGAAAAAGCAAAAGUUACACAAAAUGGAUCUUUAAAAAGCUCAUCGAGUGGCAUCCAUAGUAAAUCUUCAGUCAAUGGAGUAGGAAAAUUUGGGUCAAGCGCUCAUACACCAAACUCAAAAGCACCUGCUAAUGGGGCUCAGAAACUACAAUCUGUUAAAGAACUUAGUCUGAAAAAAUCUACUUCUGUCCAUACAAAACUGGGUAGUGCAACACCCCCUCAGCAUGAAAUAGUUAAAAAUUCCAGCUCUGGGCGGCCGGGGACCAGUGCGGGGUCGGGCGGGCCCGGGCGGCCGGGCGGCAGUGCGGGGUCGGGCAGACUGCCCAGCAGUGCGGGGUCAGGCGGGCCCGGGCGGCCGGGCAGCAGUGCGGGGUCGGGCGGGCCCGGGCGGCCGGGCAGCAGUGCGGGGUCGGGCGGGCCCGGGCGGCCGGGCAGCAGUGCAGGGUCGGGCAGACCGCCCAGCAGUGCGGAGACGGGUGGGCCCGGGCGGCCGGGGAGCAGUGCGGGGACAGGUAGGCUGGGGAGCAGUGCGGGAAUGGGCGGGCCCGGGCGGCUGCCCAGCAGUGCAGGAACAGGCGGGCCUGGUAGGCCGGGGAGCAGUGCGGGAAUGGGUGGGCUCGGGCGGCUGCCCAGCUGUUCGGGGACAGGCGGGCCCGGGAGGCUGCCCAGCAGUGCAGGAACGGGCGGGCCGGGGCGGCCAGGGAGCAGUGCGGGAAUGGGCAGGCCGGGGAGCAGUUCGGGGAUGGGCGGGCCCGGGCGGCUGUCCAGCAGUGCGGGGACGGGCGGGCCCGGGCGGCCGGGGAGCAGUGCGGGCAUGGGCAGGCCGGGAAGCAGUGUGGGGAUGGGUGGGCCCGGGCGGCCAGGGAGCAGUGCGGGGAUGGGUGGGCCUGGGCGGCCAGGGAGCAGUGCGAGGACAGGACCUGGAAAGUCAGUAAAUUCAAGCAUGGAACCUGGGCGACCAGGCAGCGGCUCAGCUGCACCUCCAAAACCUAAGUGCACUGUUGUAUCAGAAACAAUCUCAUCUAAAAAUUUAGUCUCCAGACCAAGUAAUGUACCAAUGAAUGGAACGAGACCUCCUCCAGGGCAUAGACCAGUGUUUCAUCCACAAGGUCUUCCAAGGCCUUCUCUUCCACCUAUAAGUUAUAAAAGGCAAAUAGAAGAUGAUGAGGAAUAUGACUCUGAAAUGGACGAUUUCAUUGAUGAUGAAGGGCAACCCCAGGAAGAAAUAUCAAAACAUAUUCGAGAAAUAUUUGGCUAUGAUCGGAAUAAAUAUAAAGAUGAAAGUGAUUAUGCCUUACGUUACAUGGAGAGCAGCUGGAAAGAGCAACAAAAAGAGGAAGCCAGGAGUUUGAGACUUGGUGUCCAAGAAGACCUAGAAGAGCUGAGACGUGAAGAGGAGGAAUUGAAACGUAAGAGGCAGGCAAAGAAGCUGAGGACACGUUAACUGAUUUACAGUGGUUUUGUUCUGUUUUUCUACUAUCCUGGUCACCCCUUUGCCUCAAUAUUUCAGCUCCUCUUAUAGUAUAACUUUAGUUUUUAUUUGCUUAUUGGUGAGCAAGAAAAUAUGUAAAGGGAGGAGAGGGCAUAGAAAAACAUGGCUUUAGUUUGACCCUAAAAUAUUUAUUUUUAAUACUUGCCAGGGUUAAUUUUUUACAAAAAGAAACUAAUGCAGAUUUUUGGAAUAAAAGCUAUUAAUGAAUGUUUCCAUUGACUAAAUUAGUUCAGAAUGCCAGCAGAAAUAUUGACUGACUAUGCACUGGCUUGCAAGAUUUAUGUGGGCCCAUACACCAGUAAAUCAGACUUGCAUUCUUCAUUUGACAUGUGGGGAAAAAAAAGAUGAAUGCCAUUUAUGUUCCUUAGUUAUUUUUGAGAGAUAAAAGUACUGCUUUGUGUCUUAAAUCUCCUGAAUUAGGAUCCCUCAAAGUAUUGAAAUAUCAUCUUCUGUUCAAAACAGCUUGGUUGUAAAUUUCAGCCAUUGCCAGUAAUGUUUAAAGCAAUAAAAUGAUAUGUUUUUCUGAUUUGAGAACCUUGUGUCCUAACAAAAAUAGUAAUUAAACAAACAGAAGAACCUUUGAUUUCUAAAAAAUGCUUGUCAAUCAUUAUACCUUGCAUUUAGCAGUGUGACCAAGUUUACAUUGGCGUUUUUUAUGUCUGGAAUGUCAAUGCCAACCGAUUUCAGUAAAACACGAAUAAACAUUUUUCCUGGAAAAUAGGAAUUUGCAACGUUUGUAUAUAACUAGUGCUUUUUAGCUCAAGCAAAUGCUUAGGAAUUUUUUUCUGCCCUGUAAAUCUUAAAAUUGAUCUUAGUUUCAUCUGUUUUUACACAUUGAGUGUACAGUACACUUUUUUGUUUUCUCUUGUAUUAAAAAUCAGGUUUUUUUUAAAUAUGAAGCAGUUAUUUAUGCAAGCAGUUCCAAAGUCUGGAAGAGUACAUUAGAAUGAAGUUGUGUGAAAUACAGAAUUUUCAGAUAUUUUUUUAUGAUCAAGCCAAGAUGCAUUUGCAAUUCCUCUGUGAUAUCAAAUAACUUUGCAGUUGUCAUGCUGAAUUUAACUAGUGAAUACUUCUGAUUUAAUUUUAGCGAACCAAAAACUUAAAUGUAAUGUGUAUCAAGAGAGUUCCGCCCUCUAUUUUGAUGCCCAUAUUGCACCUUUAUUUCAAGCUAUGCACUACAAAGAUAAGUUUCCUCUCAGUAAAUAAGCGUGUAAACAGUAGGCACACGGUUCAUCUAAAUCUGCAGAGAUUGCACUCUGGGUUCACAGCCCUAAUCUAAUGAUGCAUUACUUUUUAUCCCACAAGCUACCAUAGUGUGUGUUCUCAUCAAAGAACCAGUAUCACUACUCUACUCUGCUUCAAGCAUUAGCUCUCCAUUAGUAGUACUUCUACCAUUAGAUACUUGAACUGUUGCUAACCUCUAAUGCUAGAAGCAAUUGGCAAAGUGUUACAAGGUUAUUGGGGGUAAGUGGAAGAGACUGGCCAAGGAAUAAGGAGGAGGUGGGGGAAGAGAAAUUGCAUGCAAAAUGAGUAGAUACACAAGGACGGAGGGAACUUAGCCUAUCAGAGAGCAUUUCUUGUCAUUGCUGCCUCCAGAAACACCAAUUCUAGCAUCAAAGUGGAAGGGCCAAUAUUGGCAGCAGGUGACCUGACUCACUGUAAGGACAAAAGGGACAUUGUCCCUAUUAUAAACUGUUUUGGGCAGUGGUGAAGCAGUCCAUCUUUGCAACACACUGCUCAAAUGAAUGAACCCUUUGGAUAGUCGUUACAGGUAUCUGUAGUAGUAAUUGACAGAGAUACCCAAAUUAAGGUAAUUACCAGUGCACCUAUGUAUUUUUUUAAAAACUGUAUAUUGCAUAACAUAAAAACUGAUCCAUCUCUAUUGUACUUACAAUAGAGAUGGAUCAGUUUUUGUUAUGCAAUAUAUUUGAGAUGAUGCAAGAUACUGUAACCUGAUUGGUUGAUUAUUUACAUGCCAUUGUAUGUUUGCUCUGCUUAAUGGGACCAGCUGAAUUGAUUGCUGUAGUUUCUAGAAUUAUCCACUCAAGACAAUGACUGAAUGUUGGGACCAUGACCAAGUGGCUAUUCAUUUUUUUAAACUGAAUUGAACCUCUAGAUCUUUGUCAGCCCAGAUAAUUAUAUUAGCCACGAACAAUCUUCUGAAUUGUUGAAAAAAACUUUGGAAAUGAAAAAACAUAUUCACUGUUUGAUCCACUGAAAUUUUUAAAAGUGUGUAUU